UUUCUACGUGACCACCUCAGCUGGUUGGGGAAGGCUGUGAAUUGGGCCAAGUUUACGGCUACGGCUACUCUAGGCGUUAUCCACAAGGGUCAUGAGAAGGAAGCCCUUCGUCUGAUGUCGGCCUACCUACCGAAAGAUGCCAGCGGAAGCUCCGGUUCCGUCUACACGGAGGGUGGCGGUCUUUUUGCUCUGGGGCUCAUCCACGCUAACCAUGGUGGUACCAUGACUGAAUACCUCCUCACUCAAUGCAAAGAGGCUGUUGCAGAACCUGUUCGUCAUGGCGCCUGUCUUGGACUGGGCCUUGCGGCUAUGGGCACGGGCAGGGAAGAUGUCUACGAUCAGAUCAAAUUGAAUCUUUAUCAGGAUGAUGCUGUGACAGGCGAGGCUGCUGGUCUGGCUAUGGGCUUAGUCAUGCUAGGCACUGGUUCAUCUGUCGCUGUGGAGGACCUUCUUGGUUACGCCAAAGAGACUUCUCACGAGAAGAUUAUCCGAGGCAUCGCCCUUGGCAUCGCUCUCGUCAUGUACGGCCGACAGGAGGAGGCUGAUUCCCUCAUUGCUACUCUUUCACAGGACACAGAUCCCAUUCUGCGUUGGUGUGGGAUGGCUACAAUUGCUAUGGCCUACUGUGGUACAAACAGCAACGUUGCUGUCAGGCGGCUGUUGCACGCUGCUGUCAGUGACAACAACGAUGAUGUUCGUCGAUGGGCCCUGACCGCGCUCGGCUUUGUCAUGUUCAAAGAAAGCGAACAAGUGCCCUCUCUGGUGUCCCUCCUGGCCGAGUCCUAUCACCCCCACUUGCGUUACGGUGCCGCCAUGGCUGUGGGCAUUGCCUGCGCCGGCACGGCCAACAAGGAGGCCAUCAGUCUGCUGGAUAACCUCCUCGAUGGGACCAUGCACUUUGUCCGCCAGGGUGCCCUGAUCGCGCAGGCGAUGAUUCUCAUGCAACAGAACGGUGUCACCUGCCCCAAGUCUGGUCACUAA